AUGUUCUUUCACUUGUCAAUGGAACAUGAAGUUUGCCUUCAUCCCAAGUAUUUCGGUGCAAAUCUAAAUGAAACGAUCAAAAUGAAGCUCUUUGCUGAGGUGGAAGGCACGUGUACGGGCAAGUUUGGAUUCGUCAUCGCUGUUACGACAAUCGAUACAAUAGGGCAUGGACUUAUUCAACCAGGUCGUGGCUUCGUAAUAUAUCCUGUAAAGUACAAAGCGAUUGUAUUCCGGCCUUUCAAGGGCCAGGUUGUUGAUGCUGUGGUUAAUCAGGUCAACAAGGUCGGCAUAUUCUGUGACAUUGGCCCGCUGUCAUGCUUCAUUUCACGACAUUGUAUUCCCCCAGAUAUGGAGUUUGACCCAAACUCAAACCCACCCUGUUAUAAAACUGAAGACGAGACUUCAAUCAUAAAACAGGACGAUGAGAUUCGGGUGAAGCUUAUUGGAACUAGGGUUGACGCCAACGAUAUAUUCGCCAUUGGAACACUCAUGGACGACUUUUUGGGUCUCUGUUCCACUGAAUGA